CCAUGUUCGGCAUCGGGCUGGCCGCGAGCGGCGGUGUGUUCAUGUACAUCGGCCACAAGGUCAAAGCCGCCAGCAGCCGUGCUUUACGCGACACCCACGCGAUAUUGGAGAGCAAGGACAUUGCGACCAUCUCGGCGACACCGUCCCAUGAGCAACAAUCGGAGUAUGUGAGCUUCUCCGGCCGGUUGAAGCCGUUCGAUUCGCCGUUGCUGAAGAGCGCGAUCAUGCGACGCAUGAAUUCAGACGUGCAUGACGCGAUCCGCCUCAAGAGCACAACGUACCAGCGCGCAGAAGAAGCUGCCGGCCACGUGCUUGUGCACACGGAGACAAAAGUGUCGGAAUCCGAGGCGGGCGGCAUUGUCGCUGUCGAACCUUUUAUGGCAACGUCGUCGAAGGUGCUGUUGAAGGACUCGGUGUACUACAGGUCGUUGUACCGUGCCGGGGAAGACGAGUUUAAGCCUGCAGUGGACUCGUCCGUAUCGAUCUUCAGCGAGGCACCCAAGACGAAAACGAUCGGGUUUCGCACCACGGAGCGACUGAUCCCCGUGGACCAAGUCGUGUCGGGCGUCGGCGUCGUGGAAGGACGACUCGUGCCUGGGGCGACUGGCGCGCCCAAGCUCGAGUGGGUCCUCAUCCACCCCGACCACGACAAGGUCCACAACCGGCCAUCGUUCGUUGUCUAUGGCGACAAGAGCGACCUCGUGCGAGCACGGAAGCAGCAGGCGGCGACGCUGGACGACAUUGGCGAUGUUCUGAGCGUGAUUGGUGCCGUCGGGGUCGUCAUUGGCGCUUUCUCUAUCUACAAGUCCACGUCAAACAAAUAGAUGCAAUCGACAAUACUCGUGUGUAUCUUGUACGGUGGCUGGAAAGCUUGGUGCGACCCUCUCAUGAGGUUUGACAGUUCCCCAUGGGCAUCCUCGAGGCGAGCGUUGGCCGGCG